AUGCUCCUCACGUUCUUCAUGUCUACAAUGGUCAUGGCGCGGUUCACCUGCUGCGUGUGCGUGUGCGUCCUGCUGCUGGCCGCCGGCGGGGCCCAGGCGCUGCGCUGUGAUUGGCUGGAUCACUACAGUGACCGCACCGCUGUUUGUCUGCAGGAGCUCAGCAGGAUGAGGAUGGCAGCGGGUGACUUGAGCACUGACCUCCCAUUUCCAAACGGACUCUACAACCGCAGCAGCCGCAAACACGUGGGAUCUCAGCUGCUGUUUGUCCAGCACAGCCUUCAGCACCUGCUCUGGCUCUUCAGAAACCUGUCCCAUGUGGGCCGAGACACAAACCUGUCCCAUGUGGGCCGAGACGCGGGCCUGUCCCGUGUGGGCCGAGACGCGGGCCUGUCCCGUGUGGGCCGGGACACUGAGCGCUUCCUGUCCGCUCUGCACAGCCAGAUAAGCCGAAUGCAGCCCUGUGUCUCCACCAAUCACAACCAGAGCUUCGUGGAACAGGUGCUUUCUGCUCAGCUCAGCAGGUACUACGGACAGCUCCUCAACAGCACGCUCAACACCCCCAAUGAAAGCUCCUCAUCGCGGCAAAGCCUGAAGGAGCUGACCCGGCUUCACCUGCACCGUCUGGACAUGCAGGUGGAGUCCAUCCGAAAGCAAAGACACGGGCCCCGAGGAGACACGGGCCCCGAGGAGACACAGACCCCGAGGAGACACAGGCCCAGAGGAGACAGGAGGAGACGCCGCAUUUCGUCACCAGAGGGCGCUACAGACACUAUCUCCUGCCCUAGCCAUAGAUUUUAA